GUUCCAUUUACACAGUUUAAAAACCAGCCAGCUGCUCAGAAAAACAAGAAUAUAUCAGUAUUACAAUACGAAACCUAAAAGCUGAAAAUGUAACACCGUUAAACAAACGAACACUCAUUUCACCAAUAAUCUACGUUACCCACAAAUACCGUGGUAUGGCUGAGAGUGAUGGUGGCCCUCCGUCUCGAAAUGCUCUCACACGGCCAUGCGUAUACAGCCUCUGCCGGGGAAGUCCUACUCGCUGCCUUCUCGUGGCGGGGGUGUUGUUUACGAAAAUAAGAGGACGAAAAGCGAAUGUCCAGCAAAUAAAUCGAGUUGAUAGAUACGGGGGUCCACCUAGGGGAUUUGGAAAACCCUGAUUUCAAACCAAUGGGCUACGGGAUCGGUCAAAUGAAAGUGUUCGUUUGUUUAACGGUGUUACAUUUUCAGCUUAUAGGUUUCGUAUUGUAAUACUGAUAUAUUCUUGUCGUUCUGAGCAGCUGUGUAGUUUAUAAACUGUAUAAAUGGAACUCAAAAUUACAUAAAUGAACCUAUAUUUGUUAGUGUCGGAUUAGCCUAUGGUUGAAGAACCUACGAUCUUGGUAGUAUAUGGUAAUAUGCGUAAUAGUAACUGGGGUGACUUGGUACAUUUUAUCAAAACCCUUCAUAAUAGCGUUUGAAUUCAAAUCUAAUCUGUUGCCUCAUCAGCUUGAAAAAUAACUACUCAUUUCUCGACAUUAGGGACAGGAAUGUUAUUGUCUAAAUAUAGUAAUAAAUUCACUCGCCAGAUUUUAACUUACAAGAAUGAAUUCUCAUGAUGCUUCCAAGACUUCGAAACGUAUAGAUUGGUUUAACUUCCUAACCGCACUCAUUUCUUGAUAUUAAGGAAAUUUAUCAUGGUAUUUAGAUACAGUCAAUAUGCAUGGUAUUUGAUGGAACGCUUCAAAGUUGGCAUUGAUUGGAUUUUACUCAUUGUUCACGGAGAUCAAUUUUCAGUGAAAUCAUGAACCUGUCUAGUUUAGACUGUAAAACCUGUAGGGACUGGAUGGUUGCUUUGUCCUAGUAAGGAACUCAUCUGCGACUCAACAAGCAGGAAUCGAGCAUACGACAUUCAGUUUUUCACGCAAACGCUCGACCUCCAAAGCACUCAGUCAUCAUCCAACGGUGUUAAGUGCCUCUAGGUUCUCAAUGAGAUUCAGCAAUCUCCACAACUUUUCACUGAUAGUCUCCCGUCCAAAAAAUAUCACAUGUCAAUAUUCUUUAUUUGGAUCGACUAACAUAUAAAUAACCGUUUUCAUGUAUGACGUCUAAGUCCAUAUCAUGACUUAAACAAAUUUAGAAUCAAUAUAAUGACUCCUGGGUUAUAACUCAAAUAAGCGAUGAGACUACUAGCUAACAUAAUUCCUUAUAGAAGUUGGUUAUUUCUCGGAACCUAGCUAGGGGAACGAUUAUUAGCGUAACCACCGUAACUCCAAAAUGAAACAGCAUUUCUUAAUACUUUCAGUCUCCAGUCAUAAAGGUUUGUGGUGCACUUAGCAUAAAUUGCACAGCACAAAACAGUCAAAUUCCAUUGGUCUCUGUAUUGUGGUUUCCCACGAUUAUAAGAUGCAACCUAUUAAGCCUAUGGAGAAAUAAUAUUUUUGAAUUCGUCCACAUCACUAUAAACGAGCUAUUUGAGAUAAAUAGUAUUAGAUAAGUAUUGCUUCGGUAUGAACCCUGCACUAGCAUGAUCAACUUCUGACAACUGACGUAAAAUAGUUAAUGUCUAUGACAAGAUACUGGGGUGGAUGUAUAUGAUAAUUUUCUUAUCAAUAUACCAUUCACUUUCGACCUAAUGGACUAAAAAAUUAUGGUUACAACCCAAAGAACGGAUCGCUAAGAGGUAUUAGAUCAUCGUUUCAUUAGUAAGCUGGACGAACUGAUUACCAUUUUCACAAACGUAAAUCCAUAUCGUAUCUUCUUCACAAAUUUGACGAAAGUAAUAAAACGAUCGCUUUAUUAAGAAUUCGAAUUCUUAAUGUAGGUAUUUACCUAACUUUAUUGUCCCCAGAUUAUUUUGUAAUCCCAUCAUUUGACAAUUUGAUCGAUAAAUAAUGACACCAGUCGAACUACCUUAUGUUGAAAUAAAAUAAUUACUUAGUCAUCAAUAGUAAGAUUACAGUCAAUUCAAUACUUGCGAUAUAAUGAAACUCAUCAAAAGUGAGUAAACCAAGCUGAAUAAUUAUUAGAGGUAGUUGAAUACCUAGGAUCUGAUUUCUAGUUUAUUUCACUGAAUAGAAUAAAGUUAUUACUUUUAGUAAAUAAUGUUUUCCCAAGGGUAACAUUGAAUACAGUCUAUUAUGCAAUGGAUAAUUAAGCAAGACUAGGGAAGAAAAUUAUCCGGCACUCAAAUAAUUCAUAUUCACUGGUGGAUGACCUUAAUUUCCGACCAGCAUAAAACCUCUAUAACCAUCUAAAGGCUAGUUUUACUGAAUACGAGACAUAAAUCCUUUCUCGGUUUACAUGUAUAUUAUUAACUUUCCACAGAAUGUUCAGUUUAUUUGACAGUUCAUCAUCUGUGUGUGGGUUGUGAUACUGCCCGGGUGCCCAGACCGAAGCAGGUGGUUUUCUUAGGGGGCCACACCCCGAGCCUUUGACCUAAAAGUCUACCCCACAAGGCAGUGGAGUAUCGUAAGGAGAUGCAGUCCCAUGGUAGCCGGUGACCGAAAAUUGGUUCAUAUGCCAUUUCUUCCCGCAGGAUACUGGAGCCCAUAUGCACCAUUGAUUUGGUUUGGGAUCCAGUUAAAGCGCCGGACAUUCGCUUUUCGUCCUCUCAUUUUCCUAAACAACACCCCCUCCACAAGAAGGCAGUGAGUAGGAAUUCCCUGGCAGAGGCUGUGUACGCGUGGCCGUGUGAGAGUAUUUCAAGAGGGAGGGCGAACCCACCCCGCUCUCGGCCAUAUCAGGGCAUUCGGGGACCAACUCUCGAUAUUUAUGGAAACUACUUUUCUUGCUUCGACUAACAAUCAAAUUCUUCUUCUUCUUAUUAUUAUUAUUUACUACGUCGUUAUUCAUCCUCUUUUAUUCCUACUCUAUCUAUACUUGUUUUUUCGACUUAUACAGCAGCUUGUCUAUGGUGGAAAUUCGACUCUACCUAAACGUUCUCGAGUCACUGUCCGGUUGAAAAUUGUAUGUUACCACCGAAUAUGAGUAGUGAAGCAGUUUUUCUGAAACCACGUGCGCCAUUCAAACUGGCUGACUUCAACGUUCGCACACUUAUGCAGGUUGGACAACAGAUAGGGCUGGCUAUGUCUUUAGAAAGUCUUAAUAUCGAUGUUUUCUGUCUAUCCGAGACCCGUAUUCAAGACUCUAGUGAAGUACUACAAAUUCGCUCUCCAUCUGUCGCUUCAAAAAGCUUGUUUUACGUGCGCUUAUCCGGGGACCCUGUGGCAUCUUCGUCUGGUCUUGCAGGCGUUGGUGUCGCACUAAGCGCUAGAGCUGAGGCAGCACUAGUCGAUUGGAUCCCCAUUAACAGUCGGUUAUGUGCUGUUAGAUUAGAAAGUUCCAUCAAAGUGAGAAGAAAUCGGCGUGAGAAACGAUGUCUUUUCGUCAUCUCCGCCUAUGCCCCGACAGAUUGCAGCCCGGAUGCAAUCAAGGAUGAAUUCUACCAUCAGUUGACUGUUUUUCUCCAGAAAGUUCGUUUGACAGAUAUUGUAAUACUAGCCGGAGACUUGAAUGCUCAGGUCGGGCGUCUAGGCACAGAAGAGAGUCGUUUAGGUGGCCGAUGGAAACUUGUUGGUCGCAGGAUAGAUAACGGGGACCGUCUACUGCAACGGUGCACAGACCACAACCUGUUUCUGGCUAGCACUAACUUUCGGCACAGUCAUCGCCGAUAUGCCACCUGGCGUCCUCCGUCUGCAUCUCAAGCCUGGGCUCAGAUUGAUCACAUCAAGAUCAGCUACCGCUGGCGUGGUUGUGUACAAGACUGCCGCUACUUUUGGAGUACCUAUCUGGACUCUGACCAUGCCUUGGUCUGCGCCAAUCUUACCAUACUUUUCACUGGCCAAUGAAGUGACUGCCACCAAAGGAUUGAUGUCAGCAACUAAAUAUUGAACCGAGCUAGCUUCUAGGCUAACUACCAUUCCACCGAAAAGUUUAGAUAAGCAUUCGUUUCAAC